GCAACCUGCUUGCUCGGAGUGAAGUGAAUGUUGAUGGUUUGCGACUUUUGGUCUUCUGGAUGCGCUCUUGCAUUACUUGAAUCACUGAAACGUCGGGAAUAAAGGAUCAGAGUCUGUUAUUGGUUUUUUUUGGAUUGGUGAUACGGUUUGUUCUUUCCUGUACCCGCAAAGCAUCAGGGUCUCGAGGGCUCACCCAUCUCCGAUUUCUUCAACAUUCAACUCGCUUUGAUCGCCACCGUUGCCUUGCUGUCCUUGACAGAACACUCCAUCUUGAUUCUCCUCCCCAUGCGCCCGGCAUCGAGUCAGCAUGGACAAAAUCAAUAUCUUCGUCAGCAGUAUUGCUGGUCUUGGACCUUCGAGUCUCUCAUUUCCCGUUCCCUCAACAGCUACCCUAGAGGAUGUGGCGGAUCAUAUCAGAGAUCGCUUGCCGGCGGACCCAAGGCAGCACCGUCUCGUUCUUACGACGACUUCAAAUAAACAGAUACUACCCUCUCGCUUCCCACUAUCGACCCCAAUUUCCACCGUGUGUGGACUAUCGGACAAGGAUGACUUCGUCUCCCUGCGACUCUCUGCGCCGCUUUGUGGUGGCAAGGGAGGUUUCGGCUCCCAGCUGCGUGCUGCAGGUGGUCGCAUGUCAUCGCGGAAGAAGAAGACCGGGCACGAGAACGACUCGAGCAGGAAUCUCGACGGGCGGCGGUUGCGCACAGUCAACGAAGCCAAGGCACUGGCAGAGUACCUUGCGAUCAAGCCCGACAUGGAACAAAAAGAGAAACAGAAGCGCAGAGAACGAUGGCAACAGGUUGUUGAGGCUGCAGAUCAGAAAGAACAUGAAAUAAAGAAUAGCACAAAGGGCAGAUUGGAUGGCAAAUGGGUAGAGGAUAAGGAAGAGGCCGGCGAGAGGACACGAGAUGCCGUCUUGGCCGCCAUCAAGUCGGGCAAGUAUCCGGACAACCUCGUCAUCAGGGACAGCUCAUCCGAGGAGGAGGGGGCAACAGCAGGCUCGAGUUCAAAAUCAGUUUCGCCACCAGCUCCAGCGAAAGGCAAGCAGCCAGCAGCACGAACGUUUACCGGCUUUGACGACGAUGACGAGUUCAUGAGCUCGAGCGACGAGGAGUAAUUUAUCACAAAAAGGCAUGGCAAGGCGUUUUUAGGGGUCCAGCGAAUUGUUUCCACUGUAUUUGUACCUUUUGAGGACCCUCGAUGCUUUGAUAUAUAGCUUGCUCAGCCAAGUUUCCCGCCCGGAGUUGUGGCGACACAGGCACGGUUGUGCUAACACACAACGAUAGCCUUUCAUCAUCCCAUAGUCGGACUUUGAGUUAUUCGAAAGAAGAAGAAGAAGGAGAAGAAGAAGAAGAAGGAGAAGGAGAAAUGAAAAUAAAAAGGGGAUGGGUGCUAUGCACGCGGCCUUGUGUUGUUGUUAACUCUGCCAUGGAUUUCCCACGCGGCAUAAGGCUUCUCUUAUCAUGACGAUAUCCUUAGUAACUUAUACCAAGCUGAUCUCUGUAUCCUGAUCGGUUACGAAUAGGCAUUAAACAAUCCAAUAUAUGGUCCAAAGGCUAUAGUUUUUAAGCGAAAA